AUGACAGAAGAUUUCAUUCCAUCGCCAUCCAUAGAUAGUUAUACGAUGCCAAUGGAAGUACAAAUACCAUUGCUAGACUCAUCGUUACCCGUAAAAGAUACUACGCAUCAUAUUCCACGUAAAUCUUUUAAUGAUCAUCAUAAUAAAACAAAUUCUACAUCCAUUGUCGAGAAGAUACCUCAUAGUUAUAAACCAGUAUCUGAUGAAGAUAUUAAUCAGUCUUUGUCUAAUGAACCAAAGAUACCAAAAAUGUCUGAUAAAUUAAUUGCUAUAUCUCAGUUGAAGACGUUAGCAUUCUAUCAAGCAUUAUUCAGUGAAUUUAUCGGAACAAUGUUACUUGUAUUAAUAAAUGCAUCUGCUGGUUUAAAUUUUGCGUCUACACCGGCAUCUGCUUUACAAGGUGCUCUUACAUCUGGCUUCACUGUUGCCACUAUCAUUGUUGGAUUUGGUCAUACGAGUGGAGCACAUGUGAAUCCAGCUGUAACAGUAACGUUUCUAGCUGCAUGUGAGAUUGAUAUUUUACGAGCACUCUGCUAUAUUGGUAUGCAAUUACUUGGUGCAAGUUUUGGUGCAUUUUUAUUAAAAUCCAUUACACCACAUGGGCAUGCUAGUUUAGGAAUGACAAUGAUAGCUGAAGGUAUAACAAUACCACAAGCAUGUCUAGUAGAAUUUAUAGUUACUUUUGUAUUAUGUUAUACUGUACAUGCUAUUUGCGAUAAACGACGCGAUGAUAUCGGUGGUUCAAAAGCUUUAGCCGUUGGUUUAUCUGUAGUCAUCGGUUGUCUAUUUGGUGGACCUUACACAGGUGCUUCAAUGAAUCCGGCUCGUGCAUUUGGACCUGCUUGGGCAAUGGAUUCAUGGGAAAAUCAUUGGGUUUACUGGUUUGGACCAUUGACUGGUUCUAUUGCAGCUGCAGUCGUUUAUUCGUAUAUUUUAAAACAUCAUAAUUAUGCUGAGACAGAAUGA